GCCUCACUCAGUCGCCUAGGACUGGUCGUGUCUGACACCUGGACACACCUUCAGACAUGAGAGGAACGUGGUGCUUGGUGAUCCUGGCGGUCGCCGCGCUGGCGGUGGCCGAGGAGGCCGCCAAGGUCAAGGAGGAGCCGAAGGAAGAAGGCAAGAAGACGGCCGACGGCAAGAAGACGGAGAAGCGGGGGAUCUUCGGGCUGGGCUACGGCUACGGCGGCGGUUACCAGCUCGAGGACUUGGGCAUCGGCGGCUUCGGGCACGGCCUGCUGUCCGGCUACGGCGGCGGCUUCUCCGACUACGGCGGCGGCUACGGCGGCGGCGGCUACGGCGGCUACGGCGGCGGCUACGGCGGCUACGGCGGCUACGGCCUGCUGGGCGGCCACCACGAGACCAUCAAAACUGUGCACCUGACGCACAAGGUGCCCAUCGCCGUGCCACACCCCUACCCCGUGGCGGUGCCCGUCGAGAAGAAGGUGCCCUACCCGGUGGACAGGCCCUACCCGGUGCACGUCAAGGUGCCCGUCGACAGGCCGUACCCGGUGCCCGUUGAGAAGCCCGUGCCCUACCCUGUAGAGAAGCCGGUCCCCUACCCGGUCAAGGUGCCAGUCGACCGCCCCUACCCCGUGCACGUGCCGGUCGAGAAGCGUAUCCCCUACCCAGUGGAGGUCAAGAUCCCGGUGCCUCAACCCUACCCGGUGCACGUGGACAAGCCCGUCCCCUACAUCGUCGAGAAGAAGGUCGCCGUGCCCCAGCCGUACCCCGUGGAAGUCAAGGUUCACGUCCCCCAGCCUUACCCGGUCCACGUGAAGGUACCGUACGCAGUGCCCGUCGACAGGCCCUACCCCGUGCACGUGAAGGUGCCCGUCGACCGUCCUUACCCCGUGGCCGUUCCCAAGCCGUACCCCGUCACCGUGGAGAGGCCCGUGCCCUACCCCGUCGAGAAACACGUGCCCUACCCGGUGAAGGUACCCGUCGACAGGCCCUAUCCAGUGGCCGUGCCCAAGCCCUACCCCGUCACCGUGGAGAAGCACGUGCCGUACCCGGUGGAGAGGCCCGUGCCCUACCCCGUGGAGAAGCACGUGCCCUACCCGGUGAAGGUCCUCGUGGACAGGCCCUACCCUGUGGCGGUGCCCAAGCCCUACGCCGUGCCGGUGGAGAGGCCCGUGCCCUACCCGGUGGAGAAGCACGUGCCCUACCCGGUGGGAGUUCCCGUGGAGAAGCCGGUGCCGUACCCCGUGGUGAAGCCCGUGGCGGUCCCCGUCAAGGUUCCCUACGCCGUGCCCGUCAAGGCGCACUACGAGCACGGGUACGGCGGGCACGGGUACGGCGGGUACGGCUACAGCCACGGCGGGUACUGAGCCUCCAACAGGACUGAAUCCCACCCUCAGUGAGUCUCCCGCGCGCGUCCCGCCAGAAUCAUCAAGCACCCGCCAGUUCCAUCUGCCCCUCCGCAUCUAGCUCUUCGCUCUCGUUGCUGGUUCCAAUGGAAGGAAAACUCAACUCUGCAAGUUUUCAGUUUCAUUAAACAGAGCAAGAACUAUCAUCUCAUCGUCGUUUCAUUAGCAUACUGCAUAUCUUCAUCUUCAUGUGUUUCUGCUUCGUGAAUGAGUCAUGUGCAAUACUAAACAAUACUUGUUGUAUAAUUGUUUUUUUAUCUUUGUAUGUAUUUUUUAUAUUCUUCUAGACUACUAGUUUCGUCUUAAUAAAUAAUUUACUACAAAU